GACACGUUCAGUACACGUUUGUUCUCGUGCAAGGUUGGAUCUCAGUGUAAUUUGUGAAGCCGUGUUGAGUGAAACCGCGAAUGAUAAAUAGUGACUCAACUAGUUUUGUGCCGACGUUAAGCGUCCGCUGUUGUCAACGAGAAGUAAUAUCAACGCACAAGUGUUGAUACUACCCAAUAUAGUAUUAGCAGUCGUUAAACUAAUACUCACGGUAUAAUUUGAGAAUCUCUGUCUGAUGAAACUCACGCUGCACUUGACGCGUGCGUCAAAUGAUGCAAUUCUGAGAUCGCAGCUAUUUUGCGUAUCAAUUAAUUUCCCAAAAUCCACCAGCAUCCCAACACGCUCUGUUACUUCCAAAAGAAGGUCAAAAUGGUAGCAGGAAAUGAAUGCAGCGUAGAUCAGGAUUGUCCCAAUAGGCAGUAUUGCUAUACCGAAUCAUCAAUCUGCGUGGAUUACACCAACUGCAACAGGUACAAUCGUCAGGAAGCCAAGGUCUACGCCCGGAAUCCGUCUCAGUGCGGACCCUGUCUUUCGGGAUACGAGGCGGAGUUACUGGGCACUGGCGAGGAGGACAAUAUAUGCAAAAAGAGUUCAGCAAAGUCUAGCGACUUGGAGCAGAAUGGGGAUAUCAAGGAUGGCACUUGGGACACGACCACGGUCGUUAUUGCGGUCGGCGUCCUUUCUGUCCUUGUAGUGGGACUGAUCACUGCCCUUUACAAAGGAAUUAAAUGGUGGAGGAAACGGAAGUUUGUCCAGGAGGGCAUGGGCUGUGAGAAAUUUAUUGCAAUGAAAAAUAUGGGACCUUCUGCACCUCCACCUGAGACUAGAUCGUUCAUAGAUAUCGAACAGCCCCCGCCGGUGUACUCCAGGACGUACUCUAACAACAAUGAUUACCUCAAGGACAGGGAUCUCCUGGCACGUGCCAAUCCAUUUGCCAGCCCUAACUGGGUGAAGCCGAAUCCUCAGUACGAUGAUCUUCAGCAAGACAAUGACAUUCCUGACUACAGUAAUCCUGGGGAAGACAUCUUGUCUCCUCCAUUGCCACCACCUCCGGCACCUGACGAAGACACUAAUCCCAGUUCAUGGACGCCGGAGCAAGCCAACGUCCUGGUGCUGCCUCGACCAUUUUCUCAGUUCGGUGUCGAGCAACGGGAGAAUGCUGUGAACACUGCCAUGGCGGAGAUGAAUUGUCCGGGAAUCGCGUCGGAUGAGGAGAACGAGAAUCUCACGUCUAACCCGGGUACGGAAUCGUCGGCACCAAGUCAAGGGGCGCGUGCAACCACGAACAGUAAUAAUAAUCACGUAUGGAAUUUUACAAUGAACCUCAACGUACUCAAUGGUGAUUACAAGACGUGAUUUGAUAACCGCAAUUUAAUCGGUACACGAUUAUGUGAUAGGGACUCUACGUACACGGGCGCCAGGGAUGUCGCGUGCCAUUGUUUAUUAUUAAUUGCUCACUUCGUAUUUAGACUGCAAUGAGAGACAUCCUUUAUCUUGUUAUGGCGACGUGAGCGUUACUCCCGCAAUCUUUUGUGUAUGGUGCGAUCUCGGUUUUGCCAUUUAUUUUCGGAAUCUUGUAUUUUUCGUUUACUCCGCAUCGCCCUGCUUAACCGACUGAGCGCACAAAAUUUAAUUCUAAUUCAGCGCACUGAUUAUGAUGCAUUCGUUUCUUCGUUUUAUGGAACGGAUUAUGGCCACUGUCACUGUCGCUAUUUAUUUAAUUAAGACUGUUGUACGGAGAUUAUUCAGUCAUCAUUUAUUAUUGUAGUACGCUAUUGCGCGUACUCAUCGUUAUCGAUCAUUUGUUUAUACAUAUACUUCUUAGUAAUAGUAUUAUUAUUAUCGUCCAAUACGAUAUUUAGGUAAUUAUUAAUCGGACUCGAUAGUCUACGCUAGAAAUUUUUUAUCUUGUAAAUAAAAUGUUAUAAACUAUGAA